CAUCAAUAAUUGAAUGAUCACAAUUCCCCUAGGUUUCUCUGCCAAACAAGCAGCCGCCGUUCCCCAUAACUGGUUUUCUUCUCUGCCCACAGGCUCUCCUGUAAACCAACAUCCUAUAUAUACAAAGAAAAAGUUUAAAGCCUUAAAUUUCAGAUUAAUGGAGAAAAUUGAACGAGUAUCAGAAGAUAAAGUGAUGAAUAUUGUAGUUGCGGUGGAUGCGAGUCAAGAGAGUUCGCGUGCCUGUGAAUGGGCUUGCAAGAAUCUGUUGCCCACUCAUACAAAUUCUCAACAGAGCUAUAAAUUCACGUUGCUUCAUGUUCAGCCCCCUGUUUCUGUUACCUCUGGCCCUGCAUACAUUUUGAGUAGCGAGGUGUUUUAUCUUCUUGAAUGUGAAGAACUGAAGACUACUCACAAGAUAUUCAAGCAAGCUCUGGAUAUCUGCAAUCGUUACAAUGUGAGGGCAGAAACCCAUGUUGUGAUUGGGGAGCCAAAAGUCAAGAUCUGUGAAGCUGUUCAAAAGCUGGGAGCACAUUUUCUAGUGAUGGGUAGCCAUGGCCAUGGACCUUUCAUCAGAGCAAUCAAAGGAAGCGUGAGUGAUCACUGUUCUCGAAAUGCUAUGUGUCCAGUGGUUGUUGUUAAUAAAAAGGUUUUCUGAGGAUAGAAAUGAAUAUUCUAUACACAUCUUGCUAAUGCAGAGGAGGUUUUGAGAAACAGAACAGGGGCCAGCAUUGGGGUUUUUAGGUGAAUGCCAUGAGAUUGUUAUCGCUGCAUUUUCCCAUUCCUACGAACAUUAUGUGAUGAACUAAGGAAGUUUAGUUAAUGAAACCUAAUCUAUUUUCCCAUUUGCUUAUAGUUCUAGGUUAUGCUUCAGAUCGGAUUGAAUCUACAAAAAACACUAAUGAUACAACAGUUUGCAGUUAUAGUGGAUUGAUCUUCACCGUGCAUCCAAAAUCUCAUGAUACUCUUAUGCACGAUUGAAGCACAGACAAGCUUUUUUCCUUUUUAUCAUGGGAGAGCAAAAGAGUUUUGCCAUUCAACAGUUUUAUCUGAUAUGUCUUUCUGAUU